UCGAACAAAAAUAUACAAAAUGCAGAACAUGUUUGCUAAAAAAUCACACCAGGAUGUUAAAAAAUCUAUUAGUAAAAUACAGGAUAUUAAAAAGGACUCUGUGACGAGGUUGAAACAUUUAAAAAUCAUCUUGGAACAUGUAGAUAUUGACGAAGCAAAAUCUCUAUUCGAAGCUAAUUACAGUCAUGUCUAUUACAUCCUUUACGACAGUUUUGUUCAAGCAGAAACAAAUCUACGUCAAAGAGGUUAGUAUUAUAAAUCAAUUCAAAAAGCGCACAAAGAAGAACUAGAAAAUGCACUAUGGUUAAUGCGCAGAGUGAUUUGUUUUUUACCAGAAUUAUUGUCAAGGGGAUGGCAAGCUCAUUCCCUUGGCAGACUUUUGAGUAAAGUAUUGCAUCCUGCUAACAACCAGAAAUUAUGGAGCGAAGGAGUCAGGUUAUUUUUAUUAUGGUAUCCGUUAGGUGAUAAUGCUCCAGCUAUGGUGCAUAGUAUGUACGCUAGUUUAGUACCAGGUUUAGGCUCAGCAAUAAUUGGUGACACCAAAAACAUCAACGCAUCUCCUGAGCUUGAAUUUAAUCCUACAGAGUUGUUACACCAUCCUAACUUUACACUGCAGAAAAACAGUGGUGCUUCAGUCUUCCACGAUACUGCAUCGUCUCCUGUCCAUUCCCUGGAUAUUUUACCAUUAAUUCCAUGCACCGGCCAAGAACGAGCUCAACACCAACCUCAUGUUUUUCUGGAUCUAGUUUUGGAUUGUAUGGUUCAAGCGUCAGCUUGUCUUGUGUGGAGGGAAAAAUGUGCACAAAAACAUGCUAACGGUUUCAGUUUCCUCCUGGACAGGUUCAGGAAGAUUUAUUUGCCUAUCAUAUGUCCGGAUUAUGAUAAAAGGCAUUCAUUGUAUGAACCUGUACUGGAUUUACCAGAAAUCCGGCAAGUUAACAAAAAAGAUGAACAAUUAUCCUUGUGCAGAGUGGUUUUGAUCAAGUGGAUUGUUUCUUAUACGCAUGAUAUGAAGAAGAUUGAUAAACCUCCAGUUCAACCACAGUCUUUACAAUCAGAAGAGGAAAACUCACCGUCUCUAGACAGCAUAGGAUUAGUUCAAAACAGUGUGAAUUUACAAAACAGCUCACAACUCGUCAGAGAUGUCUUAUUCGGCACCAGAGAAAACAUCAAUUUUAUUCAUGAGAUAUACAGACAAGCAUUUCUGUUGAGUUUUACACAAUCAGCAGCAAUUAGGAAAUCUAUUGCUGUUUACAAGGACUGGAUACAAAUGACGGUACCAGAUCCACCUCCAUUUUUAUUGGAACCGACAAAAAGUGAUCUCGAACAAGAAUCUCAAGACUUGAAUUUAGCUAUAAGGGCAGGAUUGCAAAAUGUUUUGCAAGUGUUUGUAACACAAGCAGCCAAUGUGUUUCUACUAAUUGUACCGGAAGAUCAAUUGCAUUUAUUAGAAGAACAGACUGAUACUUGUAAACGAGUGCUGAAUAUUUAUCGGUACAUGGUUAUGCAUGUUCAUAUGGAGGCAGCUACUUGGGAGCAAUUACUUCUUGUUUUAUUGCAAGUGACUUCUUUAGUUUUAACCAGGACAGACCCGAGAAGGAAAAAUGACACUUUAGGUGGAACCUUAGCACAAGCCAUUUUCCAAACACUAAUCGUGACGUGGAUCAAAGCUAAUUUGAAUGUGAGCAUAAGUCCUGAUUUGUGGGCUAAAUUUUUAUCAGUAUUAACAUCGCUCACACAGUGGGAGGAAUUAAUCAAAGAAUGGGCGAAAACCAUGGAGACUUUAACACGUGUAUUGGCACGUCAUGUAUAUUCCCUGGAUUUGGCAGAUUUGCCCUUGGACAGACUUUUGCAGGAACAAAAAAAUGGUAAACGAGGAAGGAAACGAACAAGUGCAAGAUGUGCUGUUAAUGUUGGGAAUGUUCCUACUCCUUCUGCACCCAUGAAAUCAGACAAUGAGAAUACAUAUACAGAAGACGAGUGCGACUUUUUCAACAGUUCAACGAAUGUUAGCAGACUGAUGAGGAGCUAUAGUGAAGGAAAUUUGUCGAACAUCAGGAAGUUGAAGACCACCAGGACGAGACAUCAUAGGAAAAAUAGGCCUAGUGUUGAACAUAAUGUUCUGCACAGUUCUAACGAUUGUACAGAAUUAUCAUCAAACUCGGAAAUAUCUCCAGCAAUCCACCACCAUCAACCGAACCAGCAUCUUCCACCAGUGGCUGGUUCAAGCACGUCUUCGGUUGCGAUGACCUCGAUCACUUUUUACCGAAAUCCUUCACGACCAGGAAUAGAACCACCAGGAGCUGGUCAUCAGUUAAAAAGGGCUUUGAGUCUUGACAGUGGCCUGGUGUUUUGGAGAGAUCGAACUGGACGAAGAGAUGGUAAUGAUAGUGACAAUAACACCAGGUCACCAUCUCCUAGUCCUUCGAGUGGAGUUGAUGGAGGAUCGAUAAAGGAUUCGCCUAUGCAGAUUGAUGUCUUGGGAGGAGAUAAUAGUUUAGAUAAUAGCGAAUGCGAUGGCCCAGAGCGUAGAUCAGUGAUAUCUGGUGGUCAGGCUCGUGGAUGGUUACCAGAUGUGGCAGCUGUUCUUUGGUCCAGGAUGUUGGGAGCUUUUGGUACAUCUAUUUUUUCUAAAAUGAAAGAAAAUAUUGGUGUCCCUAACGAUAAAAUCACUGGUCCAUCUAUUCCUGAUCUGGUGCCUCCAAUAGGACUUUUGGCAGCUUGGUGCUACGAUGCAAUUGAUUUGUUUCCAGAAAAUCCAACUGGCAAUAAUAAUCCUAUACGAUUGUUAUGUUUAAUUGCCAGACAUGGUGGACCUAUGUCGAAGGAACAACUUCCCAUGUUUUACAGCACUUUACAUAAAGGUUUAUGCGAUUCCAAGAUCGAAGCAGCUUCUUUAUUGGGUUCCUUGUUGUGUUUGCCAAAUUCAUCUUUGCCUAAACCAGUUUUGCAACCUGCAUCUCCAAAUGUUACUUUGAUGGAGUGCCAGAUUUACAGAAUUAUCAUCAAACUCGGAAAUAUCUCCAGCAAUCCACCACAUAUCAGCCCAACCAGCAUCUUCCACCAGUGGCUGGUUCAAGCACGUCUUCGUUGCGAUGACCUCGUCACUUUUACACGAAAUCCUUCUCGACCAGGAAUAGAACCACCAGGAGCUGGUCAUCAGUUAAAAAGGGCUUUGAGUCUUGACAGUGGCCUGGUGUCUUGGAGAGAUCGAACUGGACGAAGAGAUGGUAAUGAUAGUGACAUUAACACCAGGUCACCAUCUCCUAGUCCUUCGAGCGGAGUUGAUGGAGGAUCGAUAAAGGAUUCGCCUAUGCAGAUUGAUGUCUUGGGAGGAGAUAAUAGUUUAGAUAAUAGCGAAUGCGAUGGCCCAGAACGUAGGUCAGUAAUAUCAGGUGGCCAGGCUCGUGGAUGGUUACCAGAUGUGGCGGCUGUUCUUUGGUCCAGGAUGUUGGGAGCUUUGGGUAAUGUUAAUCACAUCAGGAGUGCACAUCUUCAUGCGCAGCUUUUUGAGUACUUGGUUCAUUUGAUGGAAACUUUGAUAAAGAUGAAAGAAAAUAUUGGUGUCCCUAAUGACAAAAUCACUGGUCCAUCUAUCCCUGACCUGGUGCCUCCAAUAGGACUUUUGGCAGCUUGGUGCUAUGAUGCAAUCGAUUUGUUUCCAGAAAAUCCAACUGGCAAUAAUAAUCCUAUAAGGUUGUUAUGUUUAAUUGCCAGACAUGGUGGACCUAUGUCGAAGGAACAACUUCCAAUGUUUUAUAGCACUUUACAUAAAGGUUUAUGCGGUGAAGACAAAUCCAUAGGAAAUACUGUGAUUAAAUAUUUAGGCGGACCAAGAUUUUUGAGUUUAUUACUUCCUGGACAUACUUUAUUGUUGUUGGAUUUGGUGCAUGCAGCUACUGUGAUUUUGACUUCAUCUGAUUUUGCUUCUCAGAUUCCAAGAUACGAAGCGGCUUCUUUAUUGGGUUCCUUGUUGUGUUUGCCCAAUUCAUCUUUGCCUAAACCAGUUUUGCAACCUGCGUCUCCAAAUGUUACUUUGAUGGAGUGUCCUGAUUUACAGGAACAUGUCCUAAAUGUGAUUCUACGUUGUGCUCGUCGUGAACCAACAGCCCGAGCACGUUGUGUGGCCCUAAGUUCCUUGGGCCAAUUUGUCUACCAACAAUUAAAUUUAUCCAAGCCAAGUCCCAGAAUCCGUGAGGCUGUUUUAGUACUUCUGCACGCCCUAAAGUUUCGUCAUCGUGUAGCUGCCCAUCAUGCAGCCGAAGCCUUAGCUCUGACUUUAAAUCACAAAAUAAUUGUAAGGCAUUUUUAUGAUUUGCCAGCUGUGAUAACAAGAUCAAUAGCAUCUGCUUUGACUUACUUAAGUCCGGCCCUGAACAAAAAAACUACAGAACAAGACAAAAAUUUAAUUAAUUCCAUGAUCAUGUGCUUGGGUGAAUUUUGUAUGGGGAUGACGCAGGAGUAUCUUCUCAAAGUUUUUCCUGGGGAAAAGGACUCAUUAUUGUUACUGGUUUUUAGAGUCCUUUACGCUUUGACGAUGGGAAAGGCUCCAAGUUAUGUACAAAAACAUUUGGACAGCGAUGAAAGCGAUUUUAAUUUUACAAUUUCAGUCGACGACAUGACUGAUAUAAUACCUUUGACUUUAUCGCCUUCAUCCAACAGGAAUUCAAAUGCUGUGAAUUCUAUUAAACUUUGUGCUAAAACGGUUUUGAUGCAUUUAGUAAAUAACAUCGGACAUUUCCCGAUGAGUGUGGGUGCAGCUAGACUUAGUUCAUUAGUUGAUGAAUUUGAUGAUUCUUUAAGAAGUGAUAAUGAUGCAAAUAAUCAAGUAAUGACGGCUCCAAACUUGCAACUAUUUUUACUCAAACCAGGAUUGAUUUGUUCGAUGAUCGAGUUACCAGCCCUAAAGUUACCAGGUGGUGGUGCAACUGCUGGUUUAUUAACAGCAAGCAUGCAGGUACGUAUGUUGUUACGUGAUCUUUCCGGUAAAUCAAGUUGGGACACCACAAUUUUAUACUGCGAAUUGGAAAACAUUCCUCGACCGAUACCUUGUGAACCCAUGGAAAUCCAUUAUGCAAAAACUUUAGGAUUGGGAAAUUCUGAAAAUCAACAACCCAUGUCUUUGUCGAUGACUGGAAAUCAGAUUUUAUCUUUGGGUUUGCCGAGGGAUGCUUUAAGACAUAGGCCAGCUGAUCAGUUACCAUUAUCGGAAAAUUCUGCUUGUGAUUUGGACCAACUGGACGAUCUUUUGCAAUAUAUAGGACAUACCAGUCCUGAGUGUUUGACUUCAGAAAAUUCGCCUUUGAACAGUGCGGCUUGUCCACCGAUUGAUAAUAACUUGGAAGCACAAAUAAUUUCUUCGAUUUUGGGACAACGAGCUUCUGAGCAAGAAUAUCUUGCCAGGGAACAACAUCUAACCAGUCUAAGUCCUUUAUCCGAGUGUCCCCCAAGAGCCCCAGAAAAUCACACCCCAUUCCAGCACUGUAGACUUCUAUACAGUCAACUCGGAUUGGCAGGUUGGACUUGUCGAAGACAACUACAAUUAUUGGCAAGAACUGAUAGACUUUUAAGGGAAUUGAGGAAUUUGGACACCCAAAGGUGUCGAGAAACCCACAAAGUAGCUGUGAUUUACGUCAGUAGCGGCCAGGAUGAUAAAAAUACAAUUUUGAGGAACAGUUGUGGAAGUCAACCUUACGAGAUGUUUGUUUCUGCACUUGGAUGGGAGGUGGAGUUGGAAUCUCAUACAGGAUUUUUAGGAGGUUUGCAAAGACAAGGUUCCACAGGACAAACUGCUCCUUAUUUUGCGACCUCGUUUUUGGAAGUUAUUUUUCAUGUGUCUACUAGGAUGCCUUGUGAUACACCUGAAGAUAUGUUGAGCAAGACUAGACAUUUAGGAAACGACGAAGUACACAUUGUAUGGAGUGAACACUACAGAGAUUAUCGAAGAGACAUUUUGCCAACUGAGUUUUGUGAUGUUCUAAUUGUUAUAUAUCCUUUGCCAAGUGGUUUGUUUAGGAUUACAGUAAAUAAAAAACCUGAUGUUCCAUUUUUUGGUCCUGUACACGAUGAAGCAGUCGUUGGUGGUUCCUGUUUGGCAGGAUUGAUCAGGUCGACUGCUAUUAAUGCCAGUCGAGCUAAGAGAACAGGACUUUCUGGAUAUCAACAAUAUUACGAAGAACGUGUACGUUCCUUGGACGUGGUGGCUUCCAGAUAUUCAGAACGCACCACAUUUGAAGACUUUUCUGCAAAAGUCUUUUGUCCAUCCCAAAGUUCUCUAAACAUUGUUUCUGGGACAUCAACAACCACUAUGAGUGUUCCCGAUAGUGGAAGACAUCAACCAGUAUCAGGCAGAGAUUGGAAUCAACCAGAGUUACAAAGUGGUGACCUGAAUUUCCAGUCGGUCGAUCUGAAUCAACAUGCAAGUUCUCCGAGACCAAUUAAAAGAAUUGCAGGACAUUUUACACACAGAAAUAAUGACCAGGAAAGUCCUACGAUGGGCCAGAGGAGAUACCGAUAAUUUGUGAAGAAUAUAUUUGAAUUGUCUAUAGAUCGAAGGAUAUUUAUUCGGUAUGUUAGAAUAUUUUUUUAAACUUUGAGAAAAGAUAUAUUAUAUGAAUGAGUAUUUUUGAUAG